ACAUCUUAUCAAAUCUCUUGUUUAGACUGGAUACGAUACUAAAGUGAUAUAUACAGAAGUAUAUUUCUGUUUUGGACGGUACAUAUUAUAACACUUUAAUUAUAAGUACAUUUAGUUUCUUCUCACAGAGUGUCAAAAGGUAUGCACUUGUUAAUUUUAGUAGUGUUUGCGUCGCUUUUGAAUCUGGUUAGUGGUUGUGAAGAGUAUGCGGAAUGCACACUGCCUGAUGGUCAUGUGGGACUGUGUUAUGAAAAGAAGUGUUUAAGACAAGUCGAUGAAGAUCCAAGAAAGAACCUGACGCUGACAAUUGCAGUCAAGUACCCGGAGACUGUUUUACGGAACCAUGGAAAAACAGCACUAUACAUAAGAGGGAAUGGACUCGGGCUGCUUUGGCUGAAGGGCAAACGACUAGCAAAGACUGGAUUUGAUACGUGGGGAAUCAACAUCACAUAUGAGGCAUCUCCAACCGGAUAUCAGUGUCAAACUUGUUUUGACGAUGCCAAUCUGCCUAAUAAAAAGCUUGAAUACCGUAUACUGGCAGACGACCUCGACGAUAUGCUUGGCGCUAAUUUUGCCAUUACCUUCCCAGUAUCUCAAACAUCUUCGUACUUCGGCGAAAAACCUACCUUCACUUCAUAUCCAUGGUUCUUCGAGAAAACUGGUGUAAUCACAAGUUAUGUGUUAAAUUCUUCGUACAUUGGCGGGGAGAGAAAUAUAACGCUAUACACACCUCCUAGCUAUAAUGAAAAUACGUAUAAAACAUAUCCUACAAUCUUCGUUUUUGAUCUCAGUCUUCAGUUGGCUAAAUUCUUCAAGAGAAAUUUCGAAAGUCCUAUCUAUCCACAUGCUGUAUCAGAAGAGUAUGCAUUAAUAGGUUUUGGUGAUUACAAAAAUGAUGGACUUGAAAGGGGGGAUCUGCUCACACAAGAUGUUAGUCCAUUUUAUUUUGACUGUAUAAACGGCACAUUUACAGACAACUGUGAUGGUUGUAUUCCAGCAGGCAUUACUACUAACCAAACUGAGUUUUUCAGAUAUCUUGCAAAUGGCUGUGGAAAAAAGUCCAUUGUCGGAGGACUAGGAGACAACACGUUAGAUUUUUUAGAGAAAGAAGCUCUCACGUUUGCUAACAAACUGGCUUCGUCAAGAUUACGAACUGAUAAUUUAGGUGUUAUGGGAUAUUCGCUAGGAGGACUGAUGUCUUGUUACGCUAUUUGGACACGCCCUCACGUGUUUUCAUUGGCUGCCUGUCAGUCACCUUCUUUCUGGUGGCCAUAUAAGGAUUCGUCAUUUGAUGCCGAUUUCGAUUUCUUGAACAAAACGUUGAAAGAUCCAGUGUUCCAAACAAAUCGUCCGGAACAAAAGAUUUAUCUAGACGCUGGAGGAGCCGAAAACCUUGAUCCGUUCAGACUUACACAAUCUACAGUAGAGGCUGCUCGCAUCAUCACAAGUUAUAAACAUUAUAAAUUAGACAAAAAUGUCUGGGUGAACGUAGAUCCAUAUAAAGAUCACAAUUUCAUAGAAUGGGCAAAACGGAUGGGACUAGCACUUACAACACUUCUACCGGCUGGCGGAACAACGGGCAUGCCAUCAAAUGAAGCUGCACCUGUCGGUUAAAUACAAACAUUGUAAAUAAUUCUGGGUUUUGUUUUAUAUUUCAAGAGAUGAGAGUCGGUGAGGGUAGGAAGAAUAUAAUGUUAUAAAAUGUUUUAAUUAGCUAAGAAAAGUCUAUUCAAAAUUAUUGUACGGAAUCCUUGUCCUGGUCAUAACAUGUUAUUUGACAAUGAUUACACUUUAAAUUAAAAUAAAUACGUAUAAUAGCAUUGUAUCUGUCAUCCUAUCUUCAAAGGUAACCAUGGAAAGAACUAAAUGACCUUAAUACAUUACAUUUUCUUAUCUAAGUCAUAACAUUGUUACUCUUAAUCCAAAUUUAUUUAAUCUUGAUACAUGUAUAUAUCACUAAAUUGUGAUGUGUACUGCACAAAAUCUGCCGACAUAUAGUCAGUUACAAAAGGAUGCUAAUAUAUGAUACAAUUAUGUACAGACUUUUCAGCUGUGUAAUAUAAUGUGAUAAACUGGCGUGUAUCGGAAAUGACAAAAAAAGCACCAAGGUAAGAUUGUAAAUAUAUAGUUUAAACUUUAAUUACUAACUGUGGCGUGUGAUCCUAAGAAUUCAUCUACCAUCUCUGAGUCAUGGUUAACUCUUGGAGACGGAAGUAUCAUUAUACUUUCUUGUAUUUUUACUACUCAUCUAUUUGUUUUAUCUUAAUUCUGGUGAAGCAUUUAUCAGAAAUGUGGGAGAUACGAGUGUCAUGAUGGCCCUAUAUCGUUCACCUGGGUCACCUUGCACACGUUAUUGAACUAAAAAGGUUUGACAUUGACCUUUGAGUAGAAGGGGUCCUCUACCAGUCAAGACGUACCUCCCUAUUAAGUGUGAAGAUCAAGGCAAAAUAGUUCGCCAGUUACUUUUGACCUUUGACUCAGUGACCUCAUAGUCAGUUUGGGACAUCUAAUUGGUCAAGAAAAACAUCUCUAAAUUUGACGGGUUCAAGGCCCAAGCGCUAACCCGUUAUUUAACACAAAAGGUUCGACCUUGACCUUUGACCAUUUAAUGACCUCUGCCAGUAAGGGUCAUCUUCUAGGCAAGACUCCUUAACUCCCUAUCGAUUUGGAACACUUCGGGGCCAUUUAAGGAACAUGACAAAUUUGACCUUGACAUUUGGCCCAUUGACCUCCAACUUCAGAGGUCAAGCGGUCUAUGAAAAUAAAUAAUCUUAGUCCCAAUGCUUUGGGAAGCUAAACAAUACCCUCUUUACACCACCUGAACGAAAUAAAGACAUGUAUUAAAGCUGUAAAAUGGCCAUAAAGAACCCGACUGAGUAAAAGACCUGUUACUAAAAAACAGUCGCAGUUUUACAGCUGUAAAAUUGAAAAAUAGUUACCACCCCUGUAAGAACAAGAGCCACGUUGGACAUGGCCAAUCCCCCCACCGAAGCAAAGUUUUCAUCUGAAAUGUUGUGAAAUAAAUUAAUUUUUUUGUACUGAAGUAUACACAUAUCAGUUAGAGGAGCUUGUUUAUUCAUGGUCAUAAACUUAAUGUCCUCUAUCAUUGUGUGAAGUAUUAGUUUAAUAAAGAGAGAUAACUAAAAAAAAAAUAGGCAUGGUAGAGUUACGGUUCUUGUACUCUACACUUCCCCUUACUAUUCUCUAUCCAUGUAUGCAGUUGCAAUGAAAUCCCUCGAGUACUUUUAGAGUUAAGCCCCGGACAAGUUAAUUUAGUAAAGGGAGAUAAUUAAAAAAUUUGGCAGGGUUAUAUAUAAUAUGGUGUUUGUACACUACACUUCCCCUUAAUGUCCUGAAAAGUUUACUUUCAUGAAAAGUUAGCUGGUAUCAUGAAACUUUAUCUGGUAUGUUGUGGCAGUAUAAAGCACUAACUAGCAACAUUUUCAUGUUAAUAUCUUUAUCUUGCAUACAUGAAAAAUUUAUCUGUUUUCACGAUAUUUUUAAGUGUUCAUGUAAACCUUCUUUAUUUUGCGAGAAAGCUUUAAUGAAAACUAAUAGUUAAGUGGUGGCACCACGUAGCUACACUUUUCAGCAACAUUGUAUAUUAUGUGAGGUCAUAGUUCACGUUCCAAGUUCCGUACGGUCGUUAUCUCUAGCAUAUGGUGACCAGAUAUAAGGAGUGAACUUUGUUUGAUAAAACUUUAAUUCUGUUAAGUACAGUAACGAUGAAGCAGGUGUACUUAAUAUGUUUCUUUGUAGGUCUUUUUGGACUGUCACACGAAUCGUGUUUUCGUCACUUAUUCCAAAGUGAUUUUUGUACAUUUCCAAAUGGCAUAACAAUUCCAGUAAAUGGAGACUUGAGAAUCAGUGAAAAAUGUCUAGAUUGUUCAUGUUCGACAUAUAGUUCUGGACAAAAUAUAAUGACCUGUUGCGGAUAUGGAAUAUAUGCUGGAGUAAUGGUUCCCCCAAAAGGAUGCAAAAUAAUUACUGAGGCAGAUGGAUGUACUCCCAAAAUCGUUUUACUGACAGAUGAGUCAACACUGUGUCCACACAAAUAGCUAGAACGAAAAGAAAUUGCGUUAAAGUAAUUUGGUGAAGAAAUUGAUAAAGUCAAACACUAAA